AGGCCGGUGGCGUCGCAGCUUUUGGAGAUCGAGCACUUUGACCUCUUUUUUUCUUUCGCAGAUCCACACGAGUAAUCAGUCUUCCUUGUUCUUGUUUGUUGUGGGGCUUUUUGGCUUCUUUGGAGUUUGGAACAACAACAACAACCACAUCAUUCUCGACAGUGCAUGGUGCCACCGCAUCAUUGAGCUUGUGAACAAGUAGUCCCUUUGGACGACAUUCCAUUUUCGGAUUUGAGAAAACUUCAAGUCCCUUUUACGAGUCGAGUCCUUCCUUAUUUUCACCAUUGAUGAGCUACUUGCGAGGGCACCACACCAAACAGAAACAAUCAACAUGAAGAGCACAGUGCGACAAACGGCAAGGCUCCUCCUCCUGCUAGGAGUACUAGUGACAGUGCAAUCAUCCCAUGGCGCCCCCACCAACCGUCACUUGGCCAACAUGUCACCCAAGGAAAAGGACGUGAUGGCCAACCCCAUUUGUAGCGUAGAAGCACUGACGGCUGCCGAUAUCUCAGGGAAUGACUUUAUCAGUCGCGCCGAAUACGUGAAUCUCUUGUUGGACUUGGCACCCGCCGAUUGUCACAUUAUCGACAUGUGGUUGAACGAUCAACCGCUCAAGCAAACCUUUGAAAAGUUGUCUUGUUUGUGUCAUGAAUUCGGUGGCAUUGACGGAGAAAACAACUGUUGUCUACAAGCCGUCAAUGUCCCCAUGCUGGCCGCCUUUGCCACUCCCAAUUCCUACUAUCCCGAGGAGUACGCCGCCACUGCCUGUGCCAUGAUUGAUCAAGUACUGGUCCAACAGUGUCCGUCUACGCUUCGGCCGACUCUGUCACCGACCAGUUCACCCACCAAAUCACCCAAAACAACGACCACAACGAAUCCUCCGACGCCAGCUGUCAACAAUGGACUUGGACUUUCCGUAACGACGUUUGAAACGAUUUCACCAUCCGCCUUGCCGACCACAGCACCGACACCCGAUGAUACAUUGGAAAUGACAGAAGCAGGAGAACUGGUGGAAGUCGUCAUUGAAGGUGGUGAGGUGACAACCACUACCAACGUUGGAGAAGACGACCAAGAGACCACCAACCUUGGAGAAGAAGAGGACGAAGAAGAAACACCAGUAGAACCACCACCGGAGGAGGAGGAAACAUUGAUUGAUGAAGCUGGCAGUAACGACAAUGAUUCCAGCGAAGAGUUAUUACCCGAACCUUCUUCUCCAGCUCCAAAAGAAGAUUCGGUAGAGGAACUUCCCACAGAGGAUGUUGGCCCGUCAUCUGGUCUCACAGAGACAGGCAGCAUGCCAGCCCAGCAGGAAGAUAUUGCUCGGCAAACGGCCAAAGAGACACCGGUUGGAAUCAUUCUGGCCGUACUACUUGUCAUUACGUUUAUGAUUACCCUUGGGCUAUUCGCCAUGUGGGGCACCAAACGGGGCUACAUGGAGAACCCCUGGAAGAAACCCACGGAAAUGACCGUCAACACCGCUUCCAGCGGGGAUGAUAUGGAGACACCUCGACGCAGCAACACCCGGCGCUCGCAGUCGUUUAGCAGUGAUGAGGAAGAUGCAUUAUCGGAUGACGACGACGACGAUGAUGAUGAUGAUGUCGAAGUGGGAAAACGCCGCAGUAAGAAGGGCCAAAGCAACAAUAAUGGCAUUGUUCGCGCCGAGUUUCAAGAUGACCUGUCCGUAUGGGGUCGACGAAAGCGAAGGCGGCAAGAGCGCAAACAACGGCGCGAAGAACGUCAGCGACAGUCGCUGGAACAGAAUCCCCCACAGCAUCAAAACACCAUCACUACGAUUCUGUCCACGCUCGAAUUUGAUCUGAGCGGAGGGUCGUUGGCGGGCAUAGCCAAUGGUCCCUUGCGACCCAGCUCUACCAAGUCGAUGGGAUCCAUGCGCUCUGGGGCUGGGUCGGUCAUGACUCCCAAGGAGAACAUGGUCGAUAUCUUUGAUGACAAAAGUGAUACGUCGUCCUUUGAUGGAUCGCCUCAUCACUUGGAUGGUCCCAUGCCUGUGGAAACGUCCAUUGAAGAUUGGUUGGACCAUCUACAAUGCAAGAGUCGAAUCAAUGCCGAUGGGUCCAUCGUCCAUGAUGAUCGCAGUGUCAUGUCCCACCUGAGCGUAACCUCCAAGCGCAGCACGACUUCCUCGAGAAGGUCGACCUCCAUGUCACCCGACAAGAAGCUGUCACGACAACCAGGGGACCCGGUGCUCCAAGAAUGGCAUUCACAACGGCAACAGUUGAACGCCGCCAAUUCUAUUCAACGAUUAGGCUACAACAAGUUCUCGGCGCCCGCUUCCAAGUCUUCCGGCCUCGCGCCAUACAAUGCGGACUCUUCUCGAUCUCAAUCUCCUCAACGGUCGGGGCAUCGCUCCAUUGGAUCUGCAUCCUCCUACUCUCCUAACCAAUCUCCAAAACCGACCUAUCUGUUGAGUAGCGUGUCCUUCUCACCAUCGUCUUCCCCCAAGAGAAACUACGGCGCGGACACUUGUCGUUCUGAGCCCGCUUCUCCAGUAAACAACAAUGUGCUUGUCUUGCAGGAGACACUCAUCAUUGAGCCUGGAUCACGUGCAGACCAACAACAUGCCGCCGAAACUAAGGACUCGGAUUCUCCCCUGUAUUCAGUCAAGCGUGUGUCCGUCACAAAACAAGUUCCUUCAUCCGGCGAGUGGAAUCCUCUUCAACUGGAUUUGCCAGUAGAACACACGCAUCAUCCCACCGACAGAAACCCUGCAGCAGCAGCCCCACGACUGUCGCCAGACUCGCGAGAGUUUUACGAAACUGUGCUGCGAAUGGAACCGUCCGAGGAAGACGACGAGGAGAGCAGAGGCAAUGCGUUUGCCUUUGAGGCUGCACGGCCUCGAAACACACCAGCACCAGAGAGAUAUCUGGUUUAGAUUUCCACUGGGGAGGUCCACACAGAAUGCUGCUAAUGGGUAGUGGUGGUGUGCCCCUGUCUCUUUUUGCUCGGUUGCAAACGAUGUGCACUUUUAAAACUUUUCUACUAGUCCUAUUUUGUUUAAAUC